AUGCUCAGCAUGGGCGGAGGCGGCGCGAGACCGCCAGGCGGCUCCGGUCCUGGCGGCCGCGGGCAGCUGGCAAGGUCGCCCAUCGCGCCGUUCGGCGGUGGCGUGUCGAAGUCCGAGCGCGCGCUCGUGGCCGGCACCGAUGGCAGCGUGGCACAGGUUACCGCCAGCAUCCAGGACGCUGUGCAAACGUACGGGCCGUCGCCAGGGGCCAAGAAGAUGAUGGCCGCGGAGCAGGCGGCCGCGGAGGAGGCCAUCAGCACUGGCCUUUACGGCGUCUGGCGGAACCACUCCGGCCGCCACGAUUUCUGCAGCCGCAUCGGUCCUCGCUCCCGGUGCUUCUGCGGCCAUGACUACAGCGAGCACUCAUGGAGCAGGUCCAGGCGCGAGCCAGCGCCGUCUUGCGCGAGGUGCCCCUGCCAGUGCUUCCGGUACGUGCCGCGGCGGCCGGAGGAGGUAGGCGAGGGUUGGCUGCCACGCCGCCGCGGGUUCGACGUCAACAUCUGGCGGGCGAAGUGUAAGUGCCAGUACGGCCACGACCAGCACGACCCCGUGACCCUCGCCUGCCCUGGCCGUGGUGGGAAGUACACCUCCGCCUGGCAGUGCGUCAGCUGCGAGGGCAAGUGGGAGGACCACGAGUCGCUGUGGGAGUCAGAGGCCGAGCGGCGAGCGGCUGGACAUCCCGUCGGGCAGGCGUUCAUGCCUCUCGCCUCCACACCUGGCGUCCGCGAGGCCGUCUUCCGCGAGGACGGUGGUGGAGAGACCCUGGCGGCGCUCGAGGCAGGCCAGCCGCGCUCCUACUCGCUGCCCCACCGCCCCUGGCCCGAGCGGAGCGUCCGGCUCAUGCAGGCGCACUGCCCGAACUACGGCGGCGCCUCUGGCUCCCUGGAGGACGCCUUCCCGCCGCGCGGCGGGGGCCGCCCGCCCGGCGGCUCCCUGGAGGACGCCUUCCCGCCGCGCGGCGGGGGCCGCCCGCCCGGCGGCUCCCUGGAGGACGCCUUCCCGCCGCGCGGCGGGGGCCGCCCCCCGCCG